CUGGACGUGGCAGCGGAAGGCGGAAGCGGCGGCGGCGCCAUGGCGGGGGGAUGGGCUGGCUUCUCCGACCAGGAGCUGCGGAGGCUGCGGGGGCAGCGCGCAGAUCCUGCCGACCCUCGCGACCCCCCGCGCCGGCCCCCGUCGGCCGGCAAGAGCCGCAAGCAGCUGCAGCGAGAGCGAGCGCUUCAGCAGCAAAUCCAGGGGCCAGGGCUGCCGCCCUGCGCGCCCCCCGAGCAGCUGCUGUCCGUGCCCGGGCGCCGGCCGCGUCCUCCUCCCGGGGGUCCCUGCCCACCGGCAGAGCCAGGGCAGCAAGAUGCCGGGCACCCGCACAAGGACCUGGACCUGGACAGCCCUAACGGCACAGAAGACGCCCCGAGCCUCUCUGCAAAGCUGCCGGAGAAAAAGAAAGUGGAAUUGCAGGAGAAAUCUCGAUGGGAAGUCCUGCAGCAGGAACAGCGGUUGAUGGAAGAGAAGAAUAAACGCAAAAAGGCACUCCUGGCCAAAGCCAUUGCUGAGAGAUCAAAACGAACUCAGGCAGAAACAGUGAAACUAAAACGGAUCCAAAAGGAGCUACAAGCUCUGGAUGACAUGGUAUCUGCUGACAUUGGGAUCCUGAGGAACCGAAUAGAUCAGGCCAGUGUGGACUAUUCAUAUGCUCGGAAGCGAUAUGACAAGGCAGAGUCGGAAUAUGUAGCAGCAAAGCUGGAUCUCCAACGCAAGACUGAGAUCAAGGAGCACCUCACUGAGCACCUUUGCACUAUCAUACAGCAGAAUGAACUCCGUAAGGCCAAGAAACUGGAGGAGUUAAUGAAGCAGCUUGAGGUGGAGGCAGACGAAGAAAAUCUGGAACUUGAGAUAGAGGUAGAACGGAUGCUGCAACAGCAGGAAACAGAAGCAGUGAGACAGACUGCCCAAGUACAAAGUCCGUCUCAGACUGGUGUAGAAAAUGCAGCUCCACAUGCUACAGCAAAGGAGAAUGAGUGCAUGGACCAUGAAGCUUCUGGGAUAGAACAGUUAACAGUACAGCCUGGAAAUUCCUGUAACAACUCCUUUUCAGAUAUGGACAAUCAAAACCAAACAGUGAACACUACCCAAGACAACUCUCCAGCUUGCACUGAUACAUGACUAUUGUAUUCACAUAGGGUAGCCUGUGAUGGAUGGUAUACCUUACUGCAUACUUGCAUGCAGUAGGUUAUCCUUAUGAUUCUGUGGUUUCAGUAGUGUGCAGUCCUCUUAAGUUGUCUUCCUUUGUGUAUGUCAUUAUUAUUAUUAUUGUACAUAUGUUGAUGUAUGAUUAUUUGUAGUGGUCUUUUGUCAGUAUCCUUCACUUGUGGUUGCUAUUUGUCCGAAUCAUUUCUUGUUCAUUAGGCCUGUUUUCCCCAAAUAUCUUUACUGAUGCCGGACUAAUCAUGGUGCUGUGGGGAAAUGUGGUUUAUAAAAAGGGAGUACUACGACAUUCAUAAACAUUGUGCAGAGAAGUUGUAUACCUACUUGAGAAGCUGUUGGGUCAGAUUAGGUUUUAUUGCAGAUUAUGCUCUUUUUCCCUUUGUGGCAAUAUGAUACUUCUUUUCUUUCAAUGUGUCAACAAAUUGCUUUGACUGUUUUCAACCACUUUGAAACCUAGUUAGGUCCUGAACAUCAGUCACCUUCUUUUUGAUAUCAUAGGUGGUAAUCUUACAAAUUGGUGUAAAACUGGGUAUUGGAAUGUUAUUGAAAAUGGCAAAGCUGUCUCUCUAAUAUUUUUAUUGUAACUAUCAUUUUAAAAAAAAGUAAUUAUAGUAAAAUUCUCAACAUCUGGCUUUGUGGGACCUAUUUAUGAAAUUACAGCAUCAGUUAUAACUUUGCGCAACUUAGUAGAUGGUAGAAUAAAUGAAAGUCAUUAUAGAAAGAAACACUACACUAGUGGGGCUGAUGCUGUUCUAAGUAGUUUUUUAAUUACCAUUACCAUGAUAGCUGCCUUAAAUUCACAGAAAGCAAAUGGGCAUUGAUACAACACUUUCUGUAAUACAAAUGCGUUCUGUAAUGUUCAGUAGACUAAAGCUAAAGUAUUUUCUUGCAGUAAGAAUGUGUUGUGAGCCUUUCAAUAUCUGGCUAAUUUGCCUUGUUGGUUUUGGAGGAAUUUAAAAAAAAAAUAUACCAGGUGAGGAAAUACACAGGAAUAGGAGGACCUCUCCAAGCAUCGAGUGCCUGUACAUGUGCUCUGAUGUGUUCUGAUUAGAACAUGUCAGACGAGACUCAAUUAAUAGCAUCUGCUGGAGCGUUCUAAUUAGAAAGCUGCAGCAUGCCACAGUGUCUCACAUAUUCACUGUCCCGUGCUUCAAAAUGGUGGGACACUGAAUAAACAAGCUGCUGUGGUGUUUUAUUUGCAACUGGUCCUGGGAGCCGCUCUAAUUAAAAUGCCCCCACCACCCAGAAGCACAUGGGUAGGCACCCAUUGUGCUUUGCAAAUCCAAUGACAGUUCUCAGAGCUGCAUGUUUUGUGGCAAAGGACAGCCUUUCAUUAUGGAAUUGUGUGUUUCUCUAACGUGAUACAUCUGGCACACUUCAUCGAUAGAUCACUGGGAUAAUGUCACACAAUACAUACAUGGACCAGUUGUUUCUGACUUUUAAUGAUUGAAAACUGUCACUUCAUUUUAUUAAAAAAAUAAAUCAGUGCAUCUU